UAAUGCGGGCUAUUGGAUUUCAGCUAUCGGAGAAUGACAUACUUCCUGUGCGCCUCGCAAUAAUACAAUGGAAGCUAACGGAGCUGCUAGCCAGUUUUGUUUACAUUUUGUUUGAGCUGAGUAAAUGACUACCUGGAGAAACAAUGUCUUCGUUUUCAUCUGAGAGAGAGUUCACCAACGAGCUUUCACCUCCUGCUGAAGAAACAUUAACAGACAUUAAAGAAAUCAUUGUAAAAUCCGAGGAAGAGAUCGAGGACAGCUUGGAUUUCAGCGAAAAAACCCAACUAACCGUAAAACGUACAGAUGUGCAACAUCACGAUGUUAAGAAGGAGGAGGAUUUUUCUGACCAGGAGGAACCAGAGCCUCUGACAAUGAAAGAAGAACAGGGUGAGCUACAACAUCUACAGAUAAAAGAGGAAGAUAAUGAGCUCUGCAUCAGUCAGGAUGAAGAACAGCCUGUGGUGAAGGAGCAGGAGAUGAAAACCUUUCCUGCAUCUCCUACUGAUGAAGAAAUAAGCUGCAGUGAACCCGAACCAAUCAGGGAGCAACUCGUCUCUCAGAACGGCUGUGAUGCUGAGAACCGAAAUCAGGAAGAAAGCAAUGAUGAAGACACAGAAAUAAGCAGCGAUGAAGAACCGAAACAAAAUAAGAGACGUCAGAAAACCGGAGGGUAUGGUAACAAUUCUGACAAAUUAAAACAAAAAGAGCAGAAGAAAACUGACAAAGAUAAAAAUCUGUAUUCAUGUACGAUGUGCGACAAAUUGUUCUCUCAAAAGACUCACUUGAUCUACCACACGAGAACGCACACAGGUGAGAAGCCUUUCUCAUGCAAGUUUUGUGGAAAAUGUUUCAGUCGAGAAAGUAUUGUGAACAACCACCUGAGAAUCCACACAGGCGAAAAGCCCUUCUCGUGUCUGACCUGCGGAAAAAGUUUCACUCUCAAACACAAGUUAACGGAUCACAUGAGAAUUCACACAGGCGAGAAACCUUUUCCGUGCAGCGCUUGUGAUAAAUCUUUUAACCUGAAAAGCAAUCUGAAGCAGCACAUGAGAAUCCACACGGGCGAGAAGCCCUUCUCGUGUGUGACCUGCGGUAAAAGUUUCAGUCAAAGAAGUCAAGUAACGCUUCACAUGAGAAGUCACACGGGCGACCGACCUUUCUCAUGCGCGACCUGUGGGAAAAGUUACAGCCACAAAGGUCACCUAACUGAUCACAUGAGAACUCACACAGGUGAGAAGCCAUUUUCAUGUCUGACAUGUGGAAAAAGUUACAGUCAGAAAGGCCAUUUGACAGUACACAUGCGAAUUCACACAGGUGAGAGGCCGUUUCCGUGUAGCACAUGUGGAAAAACCUUCAGUCGAAGAAGUCGUUUAAAAAAACAUGUGAGAAUUCACUCAAGAUAGGAGUCCUGUGUGACCUGUGGGAAGCGUCUCAGUUUAAGGAGCUAAGAAGCAUUUUAUACAGCUGUGAACUUUAAAUCAUCCCCUCACAUAUUUCUUCUGAUUUUGCUUUUUGGUUUCUUAAAUGUUUCAGAUUGUAGCAUCCGUGUCUCAACAAUGUUCACUUGAACUGAUGGUUAAUUGAUGGUUAAUAACACAUCUCUAGUGAAAGUGUCUUCAGGACAAUUUUGUGUUGUAUACACUCGAAGAGCUGUACGUAAAAAAAAUAAAACUACUGUUUGCUCACACACACACACACACACACACACACACACACACACACACACACACACACACACACACACACACAUAGGUUCACUUUAGAGUGACUUUAGGUUAUACUAAACAAAUUCAAGCAUAUCUAAAUAAACACCAGCUUAAACUUCUCUCCUACUAAAGUUUAACAUGAAUGGAACGCCAACUACGGAGCAAAAUUGGGGCCGUGAAGUUUGUUCAAAAGAAAAAAAAAUUUAAGCUGAGAUUUGAAACCGAAAUUCAUCUGAUAUCACAUGAAGAAUUUUGGGUUUUGGUAACAAAUACCUUUUUGUCAAUUUAAACAAAAUUAAAAUUUAUUUAAACUAAAAUCUGUUAUGAAAUCUUUGUUUUUAAAGGAAAACAUGAAUAAAUCUGCUUUCUAUUUAUGAUAAAUAAUAACUUUGGUCACAUACUAUAUGUGAUCUUUACAUCAGAAACUUUAGCUUACUACUUUAAUUUGUUUUUGCAGCAUAAAUUGGAACAAUAAACUUUAUUUGUGAUCAUUUUUUUGUUCCACAAGAAAUGUGAUUAAAUAUUUGAGAGGUUCUAACAAAUACCAGAUAAGUACUUUCAGCAAAUUACCAGUCCUUUUAUUAACGUUACCCUAAAAUUUUAAAGAAAUCUUCUAAAUAAAUGUUCAUUUUAUCAAGUAUUUCUUCCAGUUCCAGCAUUUUUCCUAAAUUUCUAGUUAUUUCCAUGUUAUUAGUUCUAUUCCAUGAUUUAUAAGCAACCAGAUAGUUAAUUCAUUUGGUUAAAAGUUGUAUUAUCUUAUAAUCUGAAGCUAAUAAUUGUUUCAGGCCUACGGUGUGGAUUAAAAUCUACUUUUAAUCUGCUUUAAACCCAGAGUGCCUCACAAACUAAGCAGUAAUAUUUAUUCUGUUUACAAAAAUCUUUACAUAUUUGGACUAGUACACUAUUUUGAAGAGAAAGGUAGUUUAUCAAUAAGUAAAUAAAACUUUGUUUAGAACCUUAUAGAUCACUAAGUGCUGAACACAAAAAACUAAAAACCUUAAACAUAGUAAAUCACAUGAUAUGAGUUUUUAAGAUGGUCAACUCUGUGUCUCGUUAACUGUGAGCACAUCGGUUUAUGGUGAUAUUUUAGGACAUGCUCCCUUAUUGUUAAAAUGACAUGCACACAUUGACAUAGGUAUUGGUUGGCACUGCUACUAACAGUUAGCCUUGUCACUGAGCACAAGACUCAGCGAAUCCACUGGUUCCCACUUUGCAACGUCAGCAAACUAAACUGGCUGUGAUGUCGUGAAGAGUCCAGAGGUAAAUGUGUAAAGGUUUGUAAGUAUGUCUCAUUUUCCAUCUUGUGUUGUUGAUGAUAACGUGUUGUGGAACACGUUAAAAACUUUGCUUUACAGUAUGUAACAACAAUCACAGCACUGUACUGGAGACCAGUUGUAUUUGUAGGGUUUUAUUUAUGAAAUAUACAAAUAAAUACUAAAAAUCA